UAAAUUUGAAGCUUCUAUGUCUGCUAGAAGUGCCUUAGAGUUUUGAUGAUCGGUCAGUCAGUCAGUCAGUGACAAAAUUCACAAACUUUGACUAGUUAUAAUUCUUAAACUACUAGUUCAAAUUUAAUGAAAUUUGAAAUAUACCAUGUUUAUAUAAUGCCUGCUUGGUUACUGAAAAUUCAGGCUUCUAGUUUUAUCCACAACGAAGUUAUAGAGGUUCAAAAAUGACCUGAACUGCUUCGAGAAAAGGACAGUACGGCAGUGCCGCUUGUUUUUGCUCGACUUGGCGGGGGCACUGCCAUGCUCCCAGAUCUGUUUACUACAUUUAAAUAAAUUUAUUACGUUGCAAAAAAAAAAAAGAUACAAUUAAAUUUUUUUAAAUUCUUUUUCUUUGAAUAUUUUUUGCUAUUUUGAUAGGGAGUUAAAAAUUUGGAAUUUUUUUCCUCAAUGGGAAGUUUAAUGAUGGUUAGGUGGUUUUUUUAAUACAUAAUUUUUUUUACCUUUACGACCAACGAUAAGUGCUCGAAUACUUUCCUAAGAAACUGCACAAUAUUCUGAAAAUAAAAGGGCAGAAACUCAUUCGUAAUCAAAGUUGCAUUCAGUAUUCUGAGUAAAGAAACAAAUGGCAGCUCAUGGCAUGUUUUUGCAAGCGAAUAUUUUUUAUAUUUGCAAUUUAUUCAAAGUAAUCCAACACACGAAGCUCUAGCAUGACAAAUUAUGAAACUCUACCAAUAUUUUUGUUUUUUUGGCAAUAUCAAAAAUGUUUAACUGGCGCAUAAACAAAAAUGUCAACAAAAGAUAUUCGUAAAAAAGGAACUAAAGGAUAUUAUGUUCCAUCAAGAUAUAAGCAAGUAGCUGAAGGUAUUUCUAAACUAUCUUCACAUUCAAAAGAUAGUACUCGAGAUGGAAUAAGUUCAGAAAGAACAGUUCUAUCUUCUACUGCUGUCAGAGAUCGUGUUGCUCUUCCACCUAUUGAUGCUUCAGCUAUUACAUAUGAAAAUAAUUCUUGUACUACAAAUAGCAAUGAGCCUUCGGGUUCAUCAACUGAAUUUUCUAAAAUAGCUGCACCAAAAAAGAAAGAAGGGUCAACUAAAGUUUCCACUACUCAUGCAGUGAAACAACAAAAGGUAAAGUCAAAUCUAACUGCAAAAGAUACAGAAAAGGAAGUUGAUUUGCUGUAUAUAGAGUAUCUUCAAGCUAAAUUAUGUGAAAGUAAGGCCAAAAAAGCUUUAGAAGCAAGAUCUAAAAAUGCUCUGGAAAAAAUUCAUGAACUGUGGAGCUUGAUGGGAGCAUUAUUGGGGAAGAAUGCUGCUGUAAAGAAGGAUUUAGAUUUUGUUAAUUAUAUAAUAAACCUUAAUGAACAUUUAAAUAGACAGGAAAAAUUUCUUUUACCUGCCCUGGAAAUGAUAUCAGUGUUGGAGAAAAACUAUGAAGAAAUAGCUUCAAAUGUUUAUUCUGUGCGGCAUCAACUGGGAAUAAAAAACAUUAAAUUACCUGAUCCUGGUUCUGAAGUGGAAAUUAUUGAGCUGUUGAAUAAAAUAAAAUCUUUACUUGAUACUGUCUUGGGAUAUAUUGAAAAUUGUGAAGAAAUAAUUUCAAAUUCAGAAACUGCUGACACUUUAAGCAAGCAAGGAAAGUUUGCUACAGAAGAUUUAGAAAGAGGAUAUCAGCUUGUUGCAGAAGCUACUGACUUGUUACUCACCGAGACAUCGUUAAAAUUUGCUGGCUAAACUGCCGUAUAGUAAUAGUGAAUGUUAAAUGUAUAUUUUUGUAUUUGUAUAGUUUUUAUUGUUAUAUAUUUUUCUAUAUAAUUCUAUUUUCA